GCGGCGCCUGCCCGUGUGGUGGUUUCCGGCGGAGGUGGUGAGAGUCGCACGCGCAGCGGGGAAGGUGUGAGUCGUGAACGGCCCAGGUCUCCGCCAUGGCCUCUCUACUCGCCAAGGACGCCUACCUGCAGAGCCUGGCCAAGAAGAUCUGCUGCCAUUCGGGCCCGGAGCAGCAGGCGCGCACGCGGGCUGGCAAAACUCAAGGCUCAGAAACUGCAGGGCCCCCAAAAAAGAAAAGGAAGAAAACACAAAAGAAAUUCCGGAAGCAGGAAGAGAAGGCUGCUGAGCACAAGGCCAAGUCCUUGGGGGAGAAAUCUCCAGCAGCCUCUGGGGCCAGGACGCCUGAGGCAGCCAAAGAGGAAGCAGCUUGGGCAUCCAGCUCAGCAGGGAACCCUGCAGAUGGCCUGGCUACUGAGCCUGAGUCUGUCUUUGCUCUGGAUGUUCUGCGACAGCGACUGCAUGAGAAGAUCCAGGAGGCCCGGGGCCAGGGCAGUGCUAAGGAGCUGUCCCCUGCCGCCCUGGAGAAAAGGCGGCGGAGAAAGCAGGAACGGGACCGGAAGAAGAGGAAGCGAAAGGAGCUGCGGGCGAAAGAGAAGGCCAGGAAGGCUGAGGAGGCCGCGGAGGCCCAGGAGGCGGUGGAGCCAACCCCAGAGGGGGCCUGCACGGAGCCGCGGGAGCCACCCGGGCUGAUCUUCAAUAAGGUGGAGGUGAGCGAAGACGAGCCGGCCAGCAAGGCGCAGCGCAGAAAAGAGAAGAGGCAGAGGGUGAAGGGGAACCUCACGCCGCUGACCGGGAGGAAUUACCGGCAGCUGCUGGAGCGCCUGCAGGCACGGCAGAGCCGGCUGGACGAGCUGCGCGGCCAGGAUGAGGGGAAGGCGCAGGAGCUGGAGGCGAAGAUGAAGUGGACCAACCUCCUCUACAAGGCGGAGGGUGUGAAGAUCCGCGACGACGAACGCCUGCUGCAGGAGGCCCUGAAGCGCAAGGAGAAGCGCAGGGCGCAGCGGCAGCGCCGGUGGGAGAAGCGCACGGCCGGCGUGGUGGAGAAGAUGCAGCAGCGCCAGGACCGGCGGCGGCAGAACCUGCGCAGGAAGAAGGCGGCCCGCGCCGAGCGCCGCCUGCUCAGAGCCCGCAAGAAGGGCCGCAUCCUGCCGCAGGACCUGGAGCGCGCAGGCCUGGUCUGAGUCUUUCCCACCUGGGGCUGCCGUCUUCGUCCUAGGAGACUCCAGGGCACCCUCUGAGGCCUUGACGCUAGCUCUGUCCCAGGAUCUCCACAGACCUCGGCCCCUCCAUGUGAGGGGGACACAGUGGUGCUCUGGUGAGUUGUGAGGGCCCAGAUCACAUGUGAGGAAGAGAAAGUUUCAGCGUCAUCCCUGAACGCAGAAUCCGGGACCUUCAGACCCAGGGAAAGGGUGAGCCAGACUGGGGCCUGGUCUUCUUUCCCGGGCCUGAAAGCUUCCCCGAGGUUUGCAGGGUCAGGGAGGAGGAACGGUGGGGGUGGGCAGUCACUGCCCGUUCCCCACUGCCUGUGUUCACAGGAGCCACGGGACAGAAGACAGUGGCCUCUGCUGCCGGGCCACGUUAGUCCGCAGCUGACUGGAACAGAGGACAACCCUGAGGUGUGGCAUAUGGGCACCUGGCACUCGGGAGUGGUGGGAGCACGUCCAGGCAUGGUGCCUCCUGGGGCAGAACGCCAUGGCUCCUCCCCGUUCUCUUGGCUUCUGCCUGUUGGGGUCUCAUUCCUUUCUGUUCCCCAGUGCCCCGGGGCGGCAUUUUACUGCUCAGAAUUCGGAGGGAGGGAGCAGACCUUCUCGAGUCCACGCAUGUGAGUUGGGUCAAGUGCAUUGGAGCUAGGGAAAGAGAAAGAAAGAAUAAAAGCUGGAGAGAGAGUGAAGCGAAUGGAAGAUACAAAGUGGAAUGGAAAAAUUAAAUCCUGAGCUCCAGGCAAUCAAAAUGAGUGCAGGUUGAAAAAACUCAGGUGAAUUUUAGUGGCAUAUGGAUGACAAAGCUGUAAAUAAAAUUCUUUUGGUGAAACUCUCCAGUUACGAGACAAAGAUUGUAACUGAAAGCGAGCUGGUAUGACUGUUACUAGACAGAGGCGACUGAUGAAAAAGCCCUGUGAAAGAUCAGAUGUGAGAUGGGUAUGAGCUUGAGCUAAGAGAUAGACAAAACAGGAUCUGAAAAGAAUACAUACUCUUUCCAUGCAUAUAUGGAACAUGGAUGGAAACUGACCACCUACUUUGUCCAGAAAAGAAGUCUUAAGAUAUUUCAAGGGAUCAGUGUCGUUAUCUGACCAUAUCCCAAUGUCGUUAAAAAAAAUUUGAGCUAACUUUUUGUUUGUUUGUUUUUGAGAUAGAGUCUUGCUCUGUCACUCAGGCUGGAGUGCAGUGGCAUUUCAUAUUUGGAAUUUUUAAAACACACUUAUAAAUUACCUAUGAGUUAAAGAAUUCCUAAUGGAUAUUAGAAAUAUUUGGAACUAAAAGAUAAUGAAAAUGCUACGUAUUAAAAUUUGUGGAACAGGGCCUGCCAUGGUGGCUCAUGCUGUUAAUCCCAGCACUUUGGGAGGUGGGUGAAUCACUUGAGGUCAGGAGUUCGAGACCAGCCUGGCCAACAUGAUAAAACCCCAUCUCUACUAAAAAUACAAAAAUUAGCUGGGUGUGGUGGUGCAAACCUGUAGUCCCAGCUGCUUGGGAGGCUGAAGUGGGAGAAUCACUUGAACCCGGGAGGUAGAGGCUGCAGUGAGCCAAGAUCGAGCCACUGCACUCCAGCCUGGGUGACAGAGCGAGACGGUCUCAAAAAGAAAAAAAUUAAGAUUUGUGGAACAGAGCUAAAGCAGCACAAAAAAACAUUUCAUAGCCCCUAAAUGUAUGUGCAUCUACAGAUAAAUAGUGCCAUUUAUACACAUAUAUGCUGUAUGUCUAUAUUUUUAAAGCUAAAGAAAAAUAAGCAUGCAGCUUAAAUUGGAACAACUCAAAGUAAAUGGAAGAAAAAUCUCCAAAACUGACUGGAAGGAAAGCCUGAGUUGUAAUCACUGAUGAAAUUGAGUCAGUAGUUAAGAAUGUUCCCCUUGACGGUUUUACAGGGAAGUUCCACGAAGUAGAGAACAGGUAAUUCCAGACGUAGACACAUUCUAACAGAAUCAAGUGAGAACACUUCACUCGUGCACUUAGCUUAGAUACUAAAACUAGACAAAACUAGGUAAGAGAAAGGGAAGUUACCAAAUACCAAUGUCAAGAUUUUAGACAAUAAUAAACCUUUAGCAAAGUGCCACACUGGGUUUAAUUCAGAAUUGCAAAGCAGUUUCAACGCCAGAGAAUCAAGAGUGUAAUUCACAUCAACAGAUUAAAAGAGCAAAACCCACGUGACCAUCUCAGUGGUUGCAGAACGGGAACUCAGUAAAUGACCCAACAGCCAUUUAUAACGAGUUUUUAGCAAACUAGGAAUUCAGGGUAUUUCCUUACUCUGAUAAGGGGAUUUGGAGCCAGGCAUGGACCCAUCUUGAAACCACAUUCUGGGUCAGGCAAAUGUAGAUGUAUUGGAGGGAAAGACAUCCCCACGGGUUCCCAAGAGGUGAAGUCGUCAUAGUGAACUAAGGGGCCAGUGAGGGUCUGGAAAAGGCGACUACCAUCACCUGGCCAUGGAGACUGAAGAGGCGGGGGGGGUCUCGUCCUGAGCAGAGACAGGACAACUGGGUGGGCCAGUGAGGUCUGCAGGUGGGGGAAGCCGAGAGCACAGCAAUAUUUUACUGCCACUGGAUGUCUGUGCAAGGAACCUAUGCCGGCCAGGGAGGUUGAGAGUGAGGCUCAGUGGGGACUGGCAUACUGGCUGAGUGGAUGCAGUCUUUCAGCAACGCAUGUCAUGCAUGGCGCGGGCCAUCACUGUGCUGGAUGAAAGUUUCAGGAGCGAAUGAGACCCAGCCCUAGCUCUCAAGGAACUCAGUCUCAUAGAUAGUGGUCCUGCAAAGUGGCCAGGGAAAGGAUCGGGGUGCAGGGCGCUGAAGUCUCAUGGAAAGUUGUGAACGUUGUGGGUACCAAAAUGGAGUCACUUAUGUCAAACUCUAAAACAGUCAGAGGUGAUGAAGCAGCCUUCACGCACACAUUCCUGCAACAGGACUUACCACAAGACAUUUCUACAAACAGACCAAUAACAGGACUCACUGCAAGACCAUCCUCAACGGUUGCAGUAUUCCAGAUAAGCUGCUAUUCCCAAAUCCAUUUAUUUUAGAGAGUCUAUCUCUGGAUUUCUUCAUAGGUUGACAGUGUCAUGUAGGAUUCAGUACAGUGAACAAAGAUUGGGGAAAGGCAGCCCCCAGGCAGAAGACCAGAGGCAAGGGGGACAGUCACGCAUUUGUAAGGUCUAAAAAGUUCAGUCUGCUUUUGUGAUACCUGACGAAUUUUUAUAUGUUGUGUUUUCAUUCAGUUCAAAAUACUUGCUAAUUUCCCUUUGAUUUAUUCUGUGACUCAUGAGUUAUUUAAAGGUGUGUCAUUUAGUUUCCAAAUAUUUGGGAAUUUUCCAGAGAUCUUUCUGGUACUGAUUUAUAGUUGAAUUUCACUGUGGUCAGAGAACAUACUUUGUAUAACUUAAGACCUUGGCUGGGACGUGGUGGCUCACACCUGUAAUCCCGAUACUGGGAGGCUGAGGCAGGAGGAUCAUUUGAGCCCAGGAGAUUGAGGUCAGCCUGGGCAAUGUAGCGAGACCCUGUCUCUACAAAAAAUUUUAAAAAUUACCCUGGGGCGGUUGCCCACGCCUAUGCCUAUAGUCCCAGCUACUCAGAAAGCUGAGGUGGGAGGAUCACUUGAGCCCAGGAGGUUGCGGCUGCAGUGAGCCAUGUUCCUGCCACUGCACUCCAGCCUGGGCAACAGAGUGAGACCCUGUAUCAAAAAACAACAAAAAGCCACUUGAAUCCUUUUGAAGUUAACAGGGUUUGUUUCAUAGCCCAGACUGUGAUCUCUUCUGGUAAAUGUUCUGUGUGUGCUCGAGAAGAAUGUUUUCUGCUCUUGUUGAGUCAAGUAUUUUAAUGUUAGGUCCGGUGGAGUUCAAGUUCUAUAUCCUUGCCAAUUUUCUUUUCUUUUUUCUUUCUUUUUUUUUUUUUGAGACGGAAUUUUGCUCUUCUUGCCCAGGCUGGAGUGCAAUGGCAUGGUCUUGGCUCACUGCAACCUCCAUCUCCCAUGUUCAAGUGAUUCUCCUGUCAGCCUCCUGAGUAGCUGGGAUUACAGGCACGUGCCACCACACCCGGCUAAUUUUGUAUUUUUAGUAGAGAUGGGGUUUCUCCAUGUUGGUCAGGCUGGUCUCGAACUCCUGACCUGAGGUGAUCUGCCUGCCUCAGCCUCCCAAAGUGCUGGGAUUACAGGCGUGAGCCACUGCGCCUGGUGCCAAUUUUCUACCUACUCAUUCUGUCAAUUAUUGCACUUCAUCAAAAAUUAAAAAUUAGGAAAACAAAAAGAUAGGCUCACAGUGGGAGAAAAUAUUUGUAAAACUUACAGUAUAAUAAAGGACUUGUGGCCGGG